GUUUAAAAGUUCUCUGCGACUGCGAACGCCUCUUCUUUAAUGCCAGCACCUGCCUCCAUUGCCAAGGACUUCAAUCUGUCUUCUUUAACGAUGAGAUAGAUGAUCAUAUAUGGGAUUCUGUUAUAUAGGAGCUUCUAGGAUUUUGUCUGUUGGAGUUUUGCAGUCAUGGGUUUAUGGGGGAAUGAUUUUCUUGAAUCUCAGUUUGAUUGUUCUCUUUGCAACUUGUGGGGUUCUGCUGUUUACUCAUUUUUAAGUAUUAUCUGCUUGAAAUUUGGCAAGUUAUGUCACUUUUGCGGACUAAAUUGGAUUUAUAGAUGCUUAUGGUGGGAUUUUGUAUUAAAAUAUGAGAUCUUUAAGCUUAAUCAUUGUUACAGCAGCUGCUUAAGGAAAGGGAAAAAAUUAUUAGUCCCAAAAUGAUUAAUUUUAAAGUUUAUAGAGGUUUUUUUGGAGCAACAAGGAGUAUUGAAUAUUUGAAUUCAUAAGCUACAGAUCUAGAUCAUGUCUUUUCUUUGUAUUUUCAAUGAUUGCUCAAACCAUUUUAUUUAAUUCUCAUCUCAGGUAAGCAUGGCAGUGGCUCCACUAUGCUACAAAAUGCCUUAUAAAGAUAUAAAUCUUCCAAAUGGAAAGCUACAAAGUCCAAGUCAGAGGGGUUUUAUAAAUAGCUGCUUUCCGAUGUUAGAGGGUGCUAGGUGUUUCUCUUCUAUUAGUAAUUACUCAUACAGGAAAUGGCAUGCCUUGAACCUUACUUCCAAUAUCUUAACAGAAUUGGAGAAAGGAAGCAAAGUUAGAGUUGGAGUAGGUUUUCAUAGACGGUCAUUGCAUGUUCAGACCAUACCAAGCCACUGUAACACAGAAGAUUGUCUUCGACUUUUCUCUAGGAGAGCAUUACCAAAAGAAAAUUCUGGCAUUGUUUGGUACUCUUCUGAGUCUACUAGUACUGAAAGGCAGCUGAGAUUAUUAGAUUCAUAUUUUGGAAAGCUCCAAGGUGACAUAAAGAAGAACCAUUCUGUUUCUUCUGAUAAGGAAAUUGAGUUGCUUGAUAGAAGCUGGGAAAGCAAUACAAAGAAAGGGCUGUUGAGUUUAGAUGCUUAUCUGGGAAAACUUAAUAAUGAAGAUCAGGUGUCAAUGUCAAUAUCUGGCAACCAAACUAAUGAAGGCAAUCUGAUGUCCACUCCAUUGUCUGCCAAUGAAGAUGUUAGAACCAGUGAGGAGGGGAAAUUCAGAAGUUACACAAGGUUGAGACGUAAGGAUGUUGAGACUGCCUCAAGAUCUCAGGCUUCACAAAAGCAAAAUGGAACCUCUGAUCUCUAUUUAAUAAGUAUAUUGGCUUCUAUAAAUAUCGCUGUGUUUCUUUUUGAAAUAGCCAGUCCAGUUAGAAACUCUGACCUGGGGCUCUUUUCAUUACCUUCACUAUAUGGAGCAAAGAUAAACCAUCUAAUUCUGGUUGGAGAAUGGUGGAGGCUGGUGACACCUAUGUUUCUGGUACAAGAUUAACAAUUGGCAUUCUGGAAUUCUUCAUGUAUUUCUUGGUUGUUGGGCACUUCUUACCUUUGGACCUCGAGUUUGCAGAGUUUAUGGAUCAUUUACAUUUCUCUUGAUAUAUAUACUUGGUGGAAUUGCUGGAAACUUAACAAGCUUCCUUCACACACCAGAGCCAACUGUUGGUGGGACGGGACCAGUUUUUGCCAUUAUUGGUGCUUGGCUGAUUUUCCAGUUGCAAAACAAAGAUGUAAUUGAGAAGGAUGUUUCAGAGAAAAUGCUUCAAAAGACAAUAAUUGCUACAGCUCUUAGCUGCAUGUUAAGCAACUUUGGCCCAAUUGAUGAUUGGACACAUUUAGGAGCAGUUUUUACUGGUAUGGUAUAUGGCUUUUUUACGUGCCCUAUUGUGCAACUUGAUGAUACAUCUUCAACUUCAAGAGCUGGACAAGAAGAACAAAUCAUGCUUGUGGGGCAAGAUGCAAGUCUUUGUAAAUCACUUGCUGUGUUCACCAUCUUCGUUAUGGUUUUAACCUCUUUAGUUCUCUUCAUUGAACCCCCUCUAGACACAUCAGAGUUGGAGGAGUUCCUCCAGAAUUGGAGGAAGUAAGGAUGCAAAAUCUUUUAGUCAAUGUGUUUAUACUCAUGCAGCUCUUGUCAAGAACCCCUGAAUUGGGAACAAAGAUACAAAGAUAAAUAUAGGUGGAUGUGUAAUAAGCUCUACAUGGUGGCUUUUUUGUGUGUUAAUGCCAUUAAUUUCCAUUUUCCAAGGAUUUCAGACUGCAAUAUACAUACCUUACAUAUAUUUUGAAGUUUGUAUGCAAGGAGAUCCUAUUAAAGUGCCUUGUAAGAAUCUCUAAGCUUAUUAUCAUUGCUGAAAGUUGCUGGAGACAUCACUCUCUGGCCAAUUUUAGGUGGAACCCAUAUCAAUUUUGGAAGCCAAUAUCCUUCACAAUAAGCUUAAUGCUAAUAAGAAACUGCUUGAUUACUGCCUCUUUCACAGCAAACUUUGGAAUCAUUCAUUGAAAUUUCACUGCUGAGUCAGUUGCUAUAGUUGUUUAGCAGAAGAAAUGGACCUGGUUAUC